AUGAGCUCACAACCCCUCAGGGGUGACGCUCGAACGCGCCCUUCGAGGAUUCCGACAUUUCAAGCGCCAACAAAGGCGAGUCUUGCAAGAUCACAUCCCGAAAUCUUGGAACGCUCUCAUAAUAGAUCACCGGGGAAGGACCGGAAUCAGGAUGAUCAACAGAAGCAGGCGGAGGCGGGAGUCUUUGGGCUACGGGAUAGAAAGGCUUUUCGACCGUCGUUGGCGUCGACUGCAAGCCCUAUAGGUGCUGCGCGACAAGCCGGAGAUGCGCUCUCGCCGUUUUCAACCCGACGGUCGGGUGGAAUUCAAGCAUUUGCUGCACCCCCAAGACGAGUGUCGAGAAAAAUCACUCCUGCAGACUUCGUCUUCGGGUCUCCAGCAAACUUACCAAAUAAUACCAGAAAUGCGGAACUUAUAAACACCCCAGAAGAUCAAUUAGCAUCUGAACUGGGCAGCGCGACAGGAGAAGUUAACGUGAGCACUGAAUCUGAGCAGCCGUCUUCGCAUGAAGAAUUUGAGGAACCGGACCUGCCCCCGACGCCCACUCAACUAGGCUUGGAAAACCCCCCCGAGAGGCCCAGAGGGCUUUUGAGCAGCAGUCCUAGCACGCAGCCUGGGAGAUUCCGAACGCGGCGAACUGGUGAUCUACUAGAGAAAAGCCCUUCCAAGCUCAGGGGGGUUGAUUAUGGGUUACAAACAGGUGACCUAUCAGGACUGGGCGUCAUUGUAUCGAAAGAAUCUCUUCCAGAACCUGUUGUGAAGAAACAAAAACUCAAAAGAGAGCUGUCUGCCGACUUGAGUAAGCUCAAGGAGGACAUCGCGGAAUUGGAGAGCUGGUCAGAGAGAUUGGGCCAACAACAUGAGACCAUAGAACCAGAUCACAACUUGGACAAACUCAUCUCUAUAUUGGUAGCCGAAGAUCUGGCCAGCAAAAAUGCGAAACGCCCUGCGGCCGAUCCGUCGAUAUCGUCCUUAUUAUCCAGCCUAUUACCUUUCUCCGCAAAGUUCGCGCCGUCAAUACAGCAGUCGCCUACCCCUACAAAUCCGUUUGCCCUCGAAGUAUCUGCUCGAGCAAAACCAUACUUGACAGUAUUUGCACCCUUAAAUUUGACGGCGCAUUCGAACACCACCUCCGACCCAGAGAACGAUACCCUUCUUGAAAGACAUCACUUGACACUGUCCGCUCCUGCCCCAUUUCCUUCCAACAUCUACAAUAUACCCGUCAUUUAUGAGGCGAACACCGAAUUACAGUGUUUGACCUCAAUAUCAGUCCCGACGAGUCUUGGAACUUCUGCCGCGAAAAUCCCUACAUCGCUGAGACGAUGGAUCGAUUCAAGGCUGUUCAACCCGCUCCUGAAAAUAGACAUAUCAGGCCUCUGUCAGGGCAUCAAUCAGUAUUGGGAAGCAAUGCUGUCGCGUGCUCUCAUAUGGUCCGAAAUCGAGGAACGGCACUCGAACCUGACUGGCCGGCCUGCGUUGGGGGUUGGCGCUCCUGGAAAGAAUAGCAUACAGCAGGAGCAUGAUAAGUCGAACCCGCGCCGACUACUGCCACACCUCAAGCGCAGCACAAUGCUCUUCGAAUCUAAAGAAACUAGGAUGAAAUUACUCCUUUCAUGCGACCUGAGCAUGGACGAAUGGUCAAGCGAACCUAAACUGACGCCGGAUAUCAGCAUCGCAUCAAGAUCAACGAGUAAUGGCACAUUCUGCAGAAAGAUCGAACAAGAGACCAAGAAGCUCUUCCAGGAGGUACUAAGGGACUCCAGACGUCAGCAGGGCGCAAUUGAAACUGAGGCCGAUGUUAUCAUUCGAGCUGUCGAGUGCGUCCUAAAUGCUUUGUUCGGCGUUGAAGCUGGCGGAAAGCUGUGA